AUGCAUCUCAUUCUCACAGGCGCCACUGGAAUGAUUGGUUCUAGCGCUCUAGAUGCCAUGAUUGGAAUGAAAGAAAUCACAAAGAUCUCGAUACUGAGCCGAGGACCUGUAAAAAUGGCGGAGGAUGCUAAGGACCCACGAAUCAACGUGAUCACCCACAAGGACUUCGCACAGUAUGACUCCGAAGUCCUCACCCAACUCAAAGGAGCGUCUGGUGACUAUGUUAAGAUCACUAGGGAUUGGCCAGCCGAGGCUGCGAAAGCAUUCCAAGCAUUAACGCCUGAGAACGAACCAUUCAACUUCGUCUAUGUGUCUGGUGUUGGAGCAACAACAGAGCCAGGUCUCUUCUCUGCAUUUUGGGCAAGGAUCAAGGGAGAAGCAGAAUUGGCUCUUGCAGACAUCAGGAAAGAGAAUCCACUCCUACGCGCUAGCUCCGUCCGGCUAGGAUUCGGCAGCGAGGCAAAACAUGAUGCGAUCAAGCCAUAUCUACCAUCUAGGCCAUACUAUGAGAAGGUCUUGCGCGCUUCGGAACCGGCUAUACGGGCUGUAAUGCCCAAUAUCAAGACCAAUUAA